AUGCUUUCCAAGACUAUUCUUUCUCUUCUCAUCGGAGCGACAAGCUUCGUACAAGCUUCUCCCGUUCCAGAAGCCUUGAACGAAAAACGUACUUGCGGAACACAACUCUUCCCAAAUCAAAUCGUCCAACUUUCCAAGGCAAACCCGAACACCGCCUAUCCAAACACAUGGAACACAGAUAAAUCUGUCAAGAUUAGCCAGGACGCUGAUGCCAAUGGUAACCCCUCCAAUCAAUUCUGGGAACUGAUCUCAUUCCCUCCUCUCCCAGCCGGAUCCUACGGCUGUUCCCUUACUCUCACUUUCCCCUCAGACUACGCACCAUCCAUCACCGGUAUCUCUCCAGCUCUCGACGUCUUCACCGUUUCUACACCUCUUCCCAACGGUCCAACAUUCAACAAUAUCAGUCCUAAAAUCAAUUCUGGUAUUUUCGGCUCUGUUACUCCUGCAAGUGGACAGAGUGUUGUUAUCAAUACCCAGGCUUGCAAUGGGGGUAGUGGUCAGGGAUUGGCGUUUGUGUUCAGAUAUGCGGAUUGGGUUCGUGGACAGGGUAGUGUGAGCUGGACUGAGUAUGUUAAUGCUUUGAAUGGGGCGGGUGCUCGGGGUGUGUAUUUGAAUUAUAAUUGUUAG